GUACACGUAAUACGCAUUCAUUCUUUUUUUCUUUGUUUCGUUUCUGAUUGAGUCUGGACGAGUCUUAUUGAAAGUAUUUUUGUGCAAGUAUUAAAAAUAGUACAUAAUAUUAGUAUUGUUAGCGAUAGAUGCUGCUAGGUUGCUGACAGCCAUUGUAGACGGGUAGUGGACGAAAAAAGAAAACGAAGGCGCAGAACCGUUAGAUUAUUACAUAUUGCAAGAAUGAGUUUCCAAAAAGAGGAUAGGGAAAAGGAUAACAGCUCAAGCGGUGGUCUUGGGGUAGGACUGGCCGCCGCCGCUGCGAUAGGCGUCGGAAUUGGGGCUGCUCUGUACUACUUCAUCAACAAACGGACUGAAACCCCGACUGCUGAGGGUUCCACCACUCGAGGCUGGACUAGCGCGUCAACCGAUACAUUAAAUGAUUCAAAUUCACGUCGUGAUGAAGCCUUCCGCGAACGCACGUGGAGCCUCGAGGAGUGUUCGAUAUGCUUCGAGGUAAUCCUCCGCGAUCAGGAGAUCAUGGCGCUUCCUUGCACUCACAACUUCCACACGAAGUGCAUCUUGCCGUGGUUGCAGGAGCAGCAGACAUGCCCUAACUGCCGGAAAUCAGUCGACUGAUGCCCUUCAGCUAACUAUCAUCGACUGUUUGAGUACCUAAGAAGUGGCUGCGAACGGUUCACCAAGACAUACACUAUAUGGACUCAGAUCUAGUCAAGAUGAUCUGAUAGAGGUCAAUCUUACUAACAAAACAAUCCCAUUCACGCUAGAAAUAUUAAAAUUAACUAUAAUAAUGCCCAUAGCACUAAUAGGGAACAAAACUUUAGAUAGAAUUCGAAGUGUAAUUUGUAUAUUAUUAGCUAUGUAUUUUAAGAUAUUUAAAAUUGUUCAAUAUGAAUAAAAAAAUAUGACAA